UUGCUCCCGCCAUGGCGCUCAACAAGUCGAUGCACGCGCGCAACCGCUACAAGGACAAGCCGCCCGAUUUCGCCUACCUGGCCGGCAAGUACCCCGAGUUCCGGCAGCACGUACAGACCACCCUGGCCGGCAGGGUGAGCCUGAACUUCAAGGACCCCGAGGCCGUGAGAGCUCUGACGUGUACCCUUCUGAAGGAGGAUUUUGGGCUCACCAUUGACAUCCCUCUGGAAAGGCUCAUUCCGACCGUCCCGUUGAGGCUGAACUACAUCCACUGGGUGGAGGAUCUCAUUGGCCAUCAGGAUGCUGACAAGGGAGUGCUGAGGCGGGGCAUUGACAUAGGUAUUUACUGUGAGCUGUUUAUAAGGCGAAGUGUUUAAUUAGUUCGUUAUUUA